AUGGAGAAGUUUCAGGAUACUUUGGCUGAUGCGUGGGAGAAAUGUGAUGCAAUAGUGCACUCAUGGAUCAUGAAUUCUGUUUCGAAGCAUUUGUUAAGUGGAAUCGUAUACGGAUCAAGUGCCAGUGCUGUUUGGGAGGAUCUGAAGGAACGAUUCAACAAAAUCAAUCGAGUAAGAGUUUUCCAAUUGCAUCGAGAAAUCACCAAUCAUACACAAGGUACGAACUCUGUUUCUACUUAUUACUCGAAACACAAAGAGCUCUGGGAUGAAUACAACACUAUAAUUUCAACUCCUAAAUGUGACUGCCCAAAAUCCAAAGAAUAUGAUGAUCAUCUACAAGACCAGAGGUUACUUCAAUUUUUGAAUGGUUUGAAUGACUCUUUUGAUCAAACUCGAAGGCAAAUUCUUAUGAAAUCUAUAGCUCCCACUGAUAGACUUCAUGAUCCUACUAUAUUACAAGCUGGUAGAGAUCCAGGGUACAGAGGAAAGAGGCCUAUUCUGAGAUGUGAACAUUGUCAUAUGAGAGGUCAUACAAAGGAGCAAUGCUGGAAGAUAAUUGGUUAUCCUGAUGCUUUCAAACCUAGAGGCCGAUACAACUCUAGAGGAGGAAGUGGAAAUCAAAAUGCUAACAACCAGCACUCUGCUGGAACAAGCAUCCAUGAUAGUCACUUCACUAGAGGAAAGGCCUCAGGAGAUGCAAAUGGCCAAUACUUCACUGAAACACAGUAUCAACAAAUCUUGCAUAUGUUGAGCAAGGAUUUUGCAGAUGGCCAACAGGCAACAAAUUCAUCAGGUACUAUCACAUGUUUUCAUUCAUACAUUCCACAUAGUGAAUGGAUAGUUGACUCUGGGGCUACUCACCACAUUACAGCUAGUUUAGAAAACCUGUUGAAAUAUGAGGAAGUAGAAAACUCCAGCAAUGACAAAAUAUACUUGCCUAUAGGUGGUAAGGAUCUAUUCAGUGGCAAGGUGAGGGGGAUUGGUAAGGAGAAAUGUGGCUUGUACAUCUUCAGAUCAGGAGGUGAGAGACACAUGAAACAAAUAAACAAGUACUCUACAGGAAUAAAUAUGACAGCAACAAUGGAUACUACUUCUGGAAGCUAUCAUACUUGGGCAUCCAUCUUUGUCAGUCAUGAAAUGGAUACAUACAGCAACCUUUGGGGACCUUAUAAAACUGCUACUCUUAAUAAGAAAUCUUAUUUCCUUACUAUUGUUGAUGAUCAUAGCAGAUUUACUUGGGUAUUCUUGUUGCAAUUCAAGUCAGAUGUCAUAGUAGUAUUACAAGAUUUUUUGUCUAUGAUAAAAACUCAAUUUGAUGCUGCUAUCAAAGUCAUAAGGUCAGCUAAUGGCACUGAAUUUUUUAAUUCCAAAUGUAAUGAGUUGUUGAACCAACAUGGGAUUGUGCACCAAAGUAGUUGUGUACAUACACCACAACAAAAUGGCAGGGUUGAAAGAAAACACAAACAGAUCUUGGACACAGCUAGAGCUUUGAGGUUCCAAGCUGAUAUUCCCAUAAGAUACUGGGGUCUAUGUGUGAAGGCUACAGUGUAUCUCAUAAAUAGACUUCCAUCCAUUGUGUUGCAAGGCCAUACUCCCUAUGAAGUUCUGUACAAGAUGAAGAAUCACAUUGAUCAUCUAAGAGUAUUUGGUUGCCUCUGCUAUGCUACAAACUUAGUCAAGCAUGACAAGGAUGUUCAAUUCAGAGAAACCACAUUUCCUUUCAGGAACAAAAUAUCUGCAGUCACACAAGAGAAUCACAUGCUGGUUGAACAUGAGUUGGUACAAUUUUCUCCUCUAACAACUGUUCCCAAUGAUCAUGUAAGUGUAGAACCUGCAGAGCCUAUUGAGUCUGGUGGAGCUGUAAUCCUAGAAACUCAAGAUGUUGCUAUACAUGGCAUAGCUAGUCAAGAACUUGUGGCUAAUAACACACAAGAUACUGAUGUUAUGACAGUUGAGCAUGUGUUUGUGGAUGAUGAUACAUAUGACAAUGCUAUGAUUGAAGCUCAAGCUUAG